AUGUCACAAUAUAGAGCCAAUCAAAGAUUACAACAGUUAUCGAAUAUAUUACGUCCUAAUCAGCUUAGUGCUGAAAAAUCGUUAAAGCCAGAAACUCCAUUCAAGGUUGCUGUGAUUGGAUCCGGUAACUGGGGGACUACAAUUGCCAAGGUUUUAGCCGAAAACACGGCCGAAAAGCCAGACACUUUUGCUAAACAGGUCGAUAUGUGGGUUUUCCAAGAGAAGAUUGAUGGUACUAACUUGACUGAGAUCAUCAACAAUAAGCACGAAAAUGUGAAAUAUUUGCCAGGGGUUAAGUUGCCAGAAAACUUGCAUGCAGAGCCUGAUAUCGUUAAGGCUGCGCAAGGUGCCGAUUUAUUGGUAUUCAACUUGCCUCAUCAAUUUUUACCUAAGAUCUGUAAGCAGUUGAAAGGUACUUUGAAGCCAACCACCAGAGCAAUUUCGUGUUUGAAAGGGUUAGAAGUUACUCCAGAUGGGUGCAAAUUGUUAUCAACUUACAUUACUGAAAACUUAGGAAUCGAAUGUGGUGCUUUAUCUGGUGCUAACUUGGCUCCAGAAGUUGCUAGAUGCAAAUGGUCUGAAACUACUGUUGCAUACAACAUUCCAGCUGACUUUAAAGGUCCAGGUAAAGAUAUUGAUAGUGCUGUUUUAAAGGAAGCAUUCCACAGACCUUACUUUCAUGUAAAUGUUAUUGAAGAUGUUGCAGGUGUUUCUGUAGCUGGUGCAUUGAAGAACAUUGUUGCGAUUGCUGUGGGCUUUGUUGAAGGAUUAGGCUGGGGUGACAAUGCUAAAUCGGCUAUUAUGAGAGUUGGUUUAAUUGAAACUAUCAAUUUUUCAAAUAUGUUUUUCCCAAAUUCUAAGCCAACUACAUUCACCCACGAAUCUGCUGGUGUUGCUGAUUUAAUCACCACUUGUUCCGGUGGUAGAAAUGUUAAGGUCGGUAGACAUAUGUCGAAAACAGGCGAAUCUGCUGAAGAAGCAGAAAAGAAAUUAUUGAAUGGCCAAUCCUCGCAAGGUAUCAUCACUGCAAAGGAAGUCCAUGAGUUAUUAAGCAAUGUUGGUAAGACUGAUCAAUUCCCAUUAUUUGAAGCUACUUAUCAAAUUAUAUACGGUGAUGAAUCUAUUCAAAACUUGCCAAACUUAUUAGAAGACCAUUCAUUAUUCAAAUAG